AUGGCAUCUGAGGGCAAUGGUAACGAAGACGAAGACCAACAGCAAGACCAAGACCCCCGUACAUUCCUGAUCAUUGCCGUUGCCUUUCUGGCCUGCGCCUACGCCUAUGUCUCGGAGCUUGGUGCCUCUGGCUACGAUUAUCCUCAGCCAGCUACUGUGAAGUCCUACGUCCCUAUUCCGCCACCACCACCGCCGCCGGCACCCAAGAACACCUAUAUUCCACCCCCGGCGGCCCCGGCCAAGGCCUACAUCCCUAAUCCACCACCACCGCCGCCACCAGCACCCAAGACCUACAUUCCUCCCCCGGCAGCCCCAGCACCGGCGCCCGUCGAGUCCUACAUUCCCUCUGCAGCCCCCGCACCCGCCUACAUUCCCCCUGCCACCGUCCAGGCCGGGGAGCCCAUCCAGGAGUACGAGCAGCCCGCCCAGGACGGAUACCGCUACAAGACCGUGCGCCGUCGCGUCUUCCGUCACCGCAACUAA